AGAAAAUUAUGGCAGCAAAGCAGAAAAAUAUUUUUACCAGAAGUAAACCACUUAUUAAUAUUUACAGUGGUGUAGAUGAGGAGGGAAAAAAGGUUGAAGUUCGUGAAGAUGCAGAACAAAUUGUGAAAUGGCACGAAAUAUGUGAUGCGCUGGUCGCAGCUGGAUAUUAUCGUGCUCAACUGCAGGGACUUUCUGCAUUCGAUAAAAUUGUGGGAGGACUAUCAUGGUGUAUUGAACUAUGCGACAUUGAUGUCGACAUAAGCCUUUUAUUUGAGGAGAAUCUAACAAUUGGUAAAAAAAUUGCUUUGACUGAAAAGAUUGUAAAAAUUUUGCCAACCAUGAAGUGUCCUUAUAUAAUAGAACCUCAUCAGAUACAAGGUUUGGAUUUUAUAAAUAUUUACCCUCUCAUACAAUGGCUCAUCAAAUAUUCAAGUGAAUUUAGAGAAGUAAAGGAAGAUGAGUUAAGAAAGUUUGCUGUAAUGCAGUAUGACAAGGAUCACAUAUUUGAAUCUGACAGAUCUUACUAUUUGCAAAAGGAAAAACUUUUACGAAAUCUUUCUACAGUGCAGGAUUUGUACAAACCGUGUAGGGUUAGAAAGAGAAAAGGUGGUUUUCCGACAAAUGAGCUGGAGCAAGUGAAUGCAGUUUUAUCAGAAUAUGAUCAGCGAAUGCUGAUGCAUGUAACUAACAAUCAUGAUGAUUCCCAGAGAGAUGAAGGCCUUGAUUUCUUAUAUGAUUAUGAGAAGACUUUGGCUGAUCCAUCAGAAGUCACAACUGAGACUGAUAGACAUUUGAAUAUUAAAGGAAGUGAUAAUGUAUCGACAGAUACAAAGAUACAUUAUGUAGUUUUACAUUCCGAAUUAACUGGAGACAUUCCUAAAGAACUAGAAGAGAGUGAAAAAAUUAAAUAUUCUCAAGAUAUAACCACAUUAACGGACUGUAUAGACAAAAUGGAGAAAGAAGUCGAAACUAUAAAGAAAAAACAUGAACAGAGAAUGCAAGACUCUAAGCAACAAUAUACAAAAACAUUGUCCAAGUUAAAAAAAAUUACACAAAAUUUAAUGAAGUCUGACAACUAUAGUGAUAAAAAUGUCAAAGAGUUUUAUGCGUCUCUAAAGGAUCUUGCUAGGGAAAGGAAUGAAUUAUUAAAAAUAAUACAACAUAGAGAUAUGCAGUAUAAAAAAUUAGAAGAAGAACUGAGGAAAGCAAAGGAUCCUAAAGCUGAAGUUGAAGAACAGCCCUUAACGCCGGCUGAAUUGAAAGAAUUUCAAGAAAGGGAGGGGAAAUUAAAAAAAUUCAUUGCUAGUACCAGAUUAGAGCUGGGCAAGUUGAAUAGACAAAUACUCAGGUAUACGGUGGCUAUUGAUGAAAUACCGGGGACGGCGGAGUUGUUGCAGUAUGAAAAGAGAUUCGUUGAACUUUAUAAUCAAGUUGCAUCGAAGCAUAAAGAAACAAAGCAGUAUUUUAUAUUUUACAACACCCUGUAUGAAGUUAAACUUUAUACAUCAAAGGAAUUGAGUUUACUCAACUCUAUAUUGGACAAUUAUGAAGAGGCGAUGUCAUCUACUAGAAAGAGAGAAGAAUUUAUGACUCAAUUUGAAUCAAUAGUCGAUUGGGUAAAUCAAACUGUGAAGAAAGUUGAGGAGAAAUUUAACAGUGAAAAGGCUCGGAAAGCAACUUUACAUAAUGAGUACACUAGGCUUAUAGAAAUACAAAGGCAAUAUGCUGCAGCUUUAAAGAAAUUGGCAGCGGAAAGACAAAAGAUUUCCAGACAUAUGUUAAAGUAAUUUGUUCCUUGUUUUUAUACAACUUGCCUUGUAACUGUAGAAUGUGAAAGAUGGCAAAAUUGUUGUUAUACAAAUGUCAUGACAGUGGAAACUUAUCAUAACAGAUUUACCAGCUUAUGAUAAGCUUAAAACAAUAUUUAAUAUAAACUUUAUAAUAAAUGUCCAUUUUGUUAUUCCUGGUCGUUACUCAGUCUACCUCAGUGACAUUUUAUUCGGUCACAGUAAAGUUUAAGAAGUACUUUUUCAAGUAUUAUAAACAUUUGUAAGUGAAUUUUGUG